AUGGAAGGUAAUGGGGCAGAAAUUCAGGUGCACAGUGAUGCGGAGGACAACGGCUCUGCCGCAGGCAGAUUGUCAAAUUGUAGCUACAACAGCGAAGACGAUAGUUUACUUGGUUUCGAAGACGAUCUCGAAGGAGACGAAGAAGAUGGAGAAGAGUUGGAUGCUGAAGAGACAGUGACUUCCGCAAAAAAUAAUGAAGAAGUAAAAACAAAGAGAAAAAGAAAGCAGAUCGACCCCAACAAACGAAAGCGAAUUCGGCGAAUUUUGCGCGAAGAUGAACUGACAGAGGUUACAAUUUCGGCCCAAAAAGAGGAGCGUGAGCGACUCCGAAGACUUGAACUUCAAAGAAGCUUAGCAGCAUCUUCCACUAGUACUUCUAAAAUUGGUGAAAAUUUAAGCUCAGCAUCAACGAGUGCUUCAUCGAGGCCCUCAACCCCAAUUGCUGUAGACGCCAGAGAGAAGAAAGACAUUGAACCGCAUGUGAUUGUUAUUGAUAGUGAUGAUGAUGAAGAUUCCAGACCCUCCACUGCAGCUGUUAACUGUGAUCAUUUAAAGCAAGCAGCUGAGAAUGUUAAUGGAGAGUUUAUUGAGAUUAUUAGUUCAGAUUCAGAGGUUGAUGAUGUCAGUGAUAACGAUGAUGAUGAAGAUUAUGAUGAUGAUGAUGCCACUCCUUGUAAACGGAAGGAUGUUGACUAUGAAAACAGUGGGUUGCAUGUUGAUGACAGUCUCAAUAAACCUGAUUUGCAAGGACGAGUGCUUGUUAAUGUCAGUCAUCCUGCUGAUGAAGAAGACAUUUUUCUUGCCCCACAGAUUGCUAGAGUUAUAAAAGCACACCAGGUAGGGUAUUCAAAAAAAUUAUUACAUCAUACAGCUUGUAUGCUUAAUGUUGCCUGUAGAAUAUGCCACUACUUAACUCAUUACACCCUAGAAAUUAUUGUGCAUAUUCCACAUACAGUUCUCCUUACAUUUCCUAAAGUGCUGACAAGGAGAAUUUCUUGCAACCACAAUGUGUGAUUCAGAGUUGAUAUUGUAAAAAGAAAUUAGAUGCUUGUCACUCUCAAUGGUUCAUAAGGUUAAAACAGCUUAUUUUGCUUUCAUGAGUAAACCACCUUUACCCUUUAACCCCCAUGAGUGACCAAGACAGAAUUUCUCCUUACAAUAUCAGGCAGACAAGUGAUGAGAUUAGCAAAAAAGUCAGCCAGGAGGUCAAUUAGUUGUUGAUCAAAUAAAAAAUUCUCUGAACUAACAUCAUAAAAAUUGUAUGACAGACAGUAAUAAGAAGUGCUAAUGAGGUCUUGGGAUUGGAAGGGUUAAAUAAUAUCAAAAAAUAAUUAUUCAUUAAUAUGUUUUUUCUCUUUUGCUCACAGAUUGGUGGGAUCAGGUUCCUGUAUGACAACCUUGUUGAGACACUAAAACGCUUCAAAGUCAGCACAGGGUUUGGUUGUAUUUUAGCCCAUUCAAUGGGUCUUGGUAAAACUCUUCAAGUGGUUAGUUUUAUUGACAUAUUCUUGAGAUACACCACAGCCAAGAAAGUGCUCUGUGUUGUGCCAAUUAACACAAUACAAAACUGGCAAGCGGAGUUUAACAUGUGGUUGCCACCUAAACCAGGGCUCAUUACAGAUAGCAAUGGAACCUUUGUGGAGAGUUCUGAUUCUAGCACAGUUCAUUACAGAGAAUUUGAGGUGUACUUGUUGGGUGAAAAUCACAAGACUACAAUGGCUAGGGCCAAAGUUAUAGGUAUGUGAACCUUUUUUAGCAGGUUUGCAACCUGCAAAUUGUUAUGGAUACAAGUAAAACAAAAUUAACCUCAGGAGUUUCAAGAAAGGCUGCUUACCAGCUGUCUUCUGCUGCCUACAAGACCUGUUACAGUGGUCUGUUUAGUCUGCGAGCAGGCUCUUGUGUUUGGGUUUUACCUCAUGGCCCAAAUUUCCAAACUUGUUACUGUUAAGUUAUUUUUUGUGUUUUUUUAUGAGUUCCUUUUUUCUACAUGUAACAAGUGCAAUGUUUCUUUAUGCCACAAAUGUUAAGGUGAGUGGAACCACAAUGGUGGAGUACUUCUGAUGGGUUAUGAGCUGUAUAGACUUCUGUCAACUGUGACACCCUCCAUGUCAAGUGCCAAGAGCAUGCCAACGAAAAAGAAGAAAUCACCAACUCUUGACAAAAUGAAUGGUGAACCAGAAGUUAUAGAUCUUGAUGAAGAGGAAAAACACAUGGAACUACUAAUUGGUAAGUUGUUUUUUAUGGUUAUUACAUAGGGUUCCUUUUGGUUUUAAAAAAUCAGUGUUGUCACACUUGAAAAAGAGUGAAGAAAUUUCUCGACAUGACUGUAUUUAUGUUUUGUUUACUGAGCUUCUUAAGAGGAGGAAAUAGGGUUCACCAUUUCUCUAAUUCUAUUUACAAAAAUGACACUAUGUACACUGCUGAUCCUAGCAGCAUUCAGGAUGUGCAUCUCAUAAGGACUUUGUGAUGGCCUUGCCCAUGGUAGAGUCUUUGUGGCUAAGCAUUGGAGCAUGGAAUCACAAAGUCAGACUUUCGAUUCCUCAUGGGGACCCAAAAUUUUUCUUUGUCCCUUGCUCAUGACCAGAGAAAAAAACAUCUUUUGCCAAGGAAAUAGAGUGUUUUAAAGUUAUAACUUUGCUUUUUAACUCACAGGAGUUCAGAGAGCACUGUGUAAACCCGGUGCUGACUUAGUCAUUUGUGAUGAAGGGCACAGAAUCAAGAAUGACCAGGCAAAUACAUCACAGGCACUAAAGAAGAUCCACACCAGGUAUGAACGUCAGUAUGCAUAUUCUCCUUACCUCCAUGUGCACAUUUUCUAAUAUGCUGACAAAGAGAAUUUGUAUAACAAUCAAGAAGUUCCUUAGUUUGUUAUCAUUUCCUGUUAUUCUUGUAUCAAGUCCAUUACCAAGAAGUUGAGCUAAAAUUAAACCUGAUUGCUUCAUUCAACUUUGCAACUAAGACUGAAUGAAAGCAGCCUCGCAAGUCUACUUUCCCUAGAUUUAUCUGGGCAAUCAGAACAAAGAAAAAUUACUAGCGAUCAAACACACUUUUCUUAUUCAUGAGUAUUAAGGUAAAGUCUGUACUAGCUCACAAAACAAUGUCUCAGCCAGGUCUGUACCCAUACCCCUCAACCUGGAGUCCACUGCACUGACUAGUAGGCCACUGUGUAUAAUGGUAUUACUAGCUAUGUAAUAAAUCUUUUUUCAUUAGACGGCGGGUCGUUUUAACAGGAUAUCCACUGCAAAACAACCUUCAGGAAUACUGGUGCAUGGUAGACUUUGUCCGACCCAACUUUCUGGGAACCAAACAGGAGUUUUGCAACAUGUUUGAGAGACCUAUACUCAAUGGACAAUGCUCUGACAGCACUCCAUCAGUAAGUAUUAAAUACAGGGUUCAUCAACACAUUAUCCUGAAUUAACUCUGUGACGUUUGGCUCAGGAAAGCAAUAAAGACAAGAGUAGGCACAUGAAAGUCAUGGAAAUUUAUUAUUAAGCUUGAAGGAUCAAUAUCAGUAUCUUGGCAACUGUGCACCUACCCCUCCCCUUUACCUAAUAACAACCCUAAAUUGUUAUCAGUCAACUGUUGUUGGGUUUGGGGAGGGGUGAGGGAAGGUAAGCAGUCGCUCAGAUACUGACUUUGAUCUAGAGUGAAAGAAGACAAACUUGGCAAACUUUCUGUUGAUCUGUAUGUAAUGUGCAUUGCUUACAACAGCUUUUAUCGAAUAGGAAAAAGAAAGCCAAAAGGAAUAUUUUAAGGAGAUGUGUUAUUCACUUACUCUGAUUUUAAGAAAAAGAUUUUUAAGCUCUAUAGAAUCACCAUGAAGACAAAAUUUGUUUGCCUUUGAUUAAAAUGUUGCAGUAUGUGACAGCAAUGGUAGAGUAUGACCAUAAAGUCAAGAGAAGUACAGGUUAUAAUAAAUUUUUUCGCUGUUAUCUAGGAUGUGAAGAUUAUGAGAUACAGAGCCCAUGUACUCCACAGUCUGCUCGAAGGAUUUGUGCAAAGGUAAAAUAGUUCAAAGAACUUGUGUUAGUAUGAAAAAUACUUUCCUCUGACCUUCUUUCAAUACACUUACUUUCAGACGAUAAUUAACAGCAAACCCAAAAACUAAGGAAAUACACAAUAAGAGUAGUUCCAGGUGCCUUCUUUUUAUUAGUUUGGUUAGAGGUUAUUGAUUUAACUGGUUUUGCCCAAGCUGAGGAGUUGUCAGGUUCUAAGAUCUAGGCAUUUAUUCUGUUUUUUGUUCACUUGAAGUCAAGAAUUUAUUUAUGUAUUAAUUUUAUAAUUAUUCAUAAUCCUUGAACAAUUUCAUUUCUGUUACUUUCUUUUUCUGUUAUGGCGUGAGUUGAAAAAUUGAUCAGUUCUUACAAGAUGCCUCCCAGUCAAACAAAAUCAGAUAACACCUAAACAAACAAUUUUAAUUUUGGUUAAUAUGUCAGCUAUCCAGAAAGAACUGUACAACACAUUUGUUGAUCGUCUCCCGUAAAGAGGGAAUCGUUUUUCUGUUGAUUUUCUAAUAUUUACAUCAAUCCCAUCAACCAGGGUUUUAAAACACAUGACACCACCUUGUACAAAUGUACUAGCAUGAUCAUUUCAAUUGUAAUGCAAACGUUACUUAAUAAUAAAACCAGAUAAAGACUAUAAAAAAUGAUAAAAAAUAUAAUAUUAUAUAUCAUUAAUUUUAUAAUUAUUCAUACAUUCAAUUAUUUCUGUUACUUCUUUUUAGACGUAGUCAAGCAGUUCUUACAAGAUGCCUCCCAGUCAAAGAAGAGCACAUAAUUUUGGUUAAUAUGUCAUCUGUUUUGGUAAUAUGUGACAGAUAAGAUCAAAAUGUGGUAAGAACAAAAGAUUACUUUAUGUAACAUCUUCUGGAUAAUCCUACUUAUCACGUAAAUAAGAUGACAUAUAUCCCACUAUUUUACAAUAUAAAACAUAUCCUUUGGUAGAUUUGGAACCAUCCUGACAUAUUUUACCACUCACUGGAUAUGAAGGAUGCUGAUAGGAAUGAGUCUCCUUUGGUAAGCAUAGAAUACGUAAAUGCUGCUUACGAACUGAAUUUGAGGUCCAUGCUGCAAGUUACAGACCAAAUUUUUUUGGCUAAGCUGUGACUUAAUCUAAAUUGCCUUUGCUUACACUAAUUUAAAUAAUUUCUUUCUCUCAGACAAUUCUUGAAGAUUCUAAUGGAUCAUCACAAAGUUCAAAGAGGAAUUCUCCUUCAGACAUAAUGUCUGCCACCACAUCUACACUGAACCAAGAAACGAGAGCAAAUUCAAGUGCUGCAGGACUCUCACAGAAUCAUUCUUCAGGAUCAGUUGUAUCUCCUUAUUUUCCAUCAUCAGCAAAUUCCCAGACAGUUAAAACUGAUCCUGUCCCUGUUUCUUCUCAAGCUACCACACAAACAGAACAGACAGUAACCACAACAACUCAACCAAGCCGCAGUGUACAAGAUACUUCAGUGUCAGUUAUUCAAACAGUAGCAGCACAAAUGGAUCGCAGUUGUGUUCUUGUGGGAGAUAUGACAUGGGUGAGUUGAUCAGUUUUUAUGAGUGAGUCAGCUUUUAAUGGAUGAAUAUUUAUUUUGCUAGUCAUUGCUGCUCUCAGAUUUCAACGUGUGCAGCCUCACAUGUGUCAUGAAAAGAAAUUGUUUGUGUAACACAUUCUGUAGUCAUCUCAUUUUUCAUGUGAAAAUGGGGGCAAAUCCCGAUAUUUAUUUUAUGAGUGAAUACUUGAACAGCGAGGUAAUAUGGCACAAAAAGAUGUUUUUAACUCAUUUCUUCCUGCAAUGAUUGCAAUAAUUAUUUGCGGGCAGAUGAUUUCCAGAGUUGAUCUCUCUUUCACUCUUGAGAUCUUGACAAUAGUUCUCUUCACUGGCUUACAUACAUCUCUCCCAAUUCUGGUUAUGAUAAUUUUGGUACUGAAUCAAGCAAUAUACCAUAGUUAAUUUUUUGUCCUAUCUUCUUGCCAUAUUCUAGCAUAUUACCAUACUUUUUGUUCACCCAAAGAAGUUCAUUGGUGAAACUUUCAACUCCUGUGAGUGAUCAAGACAGAAUUUCUUCUUACAAUAUCAAUACAAUAUCAAGCAGAAAAGUGAUGAGAAUAAAGAAAAGUAUCAAUUUGGGGAUAAUUAGUUGAUCUAAUGCCAAAUUUUCCCAACCAUCAUCAUAAGAAUUAUAUGGCAGACAGAAAAGAGAAUCACUAAUGAGAUCUUGUGAGUGAAAGGAGUAAGGAGAAAUCUUUGUCUGGUUUACCAACCAAAGAAAAUAUUUCUGUGUCUGUCUGUAUCAGUGUGGCCUGCCAAGGUUGAUAAAGGAAUAAUUAGGGAAAUGUCUGUGAAGAGAGAAGGUUGUGAUGCAUUAUUUAAAUCCACCAACUCAUACAAAUUUAGUGAGGUCUGUAUGAGAAUUUAUAAUUCAAUCAUGUGAUCCUUUUUGAUGUUCAGGCCAAGACUCUGUUCAAAGACUACCAAGUUGGAGUGAUGAAAAAUGGUGGCAAACUUGUUGUGUUGAUGGAGAUUAUAGAAGAAAGCUUAAAACUGGGAGAAAAAAUUCUCAUUUUUAGGUAAGGUUCAAGAAGCUUAAAAUUAAAAAGAACAAAUAAUCUGCUUUUUCUCUUGAGCACUGCUACUCUCUAGUAUUUCACUUAGUACAUGACAGAAGAUGGUAAAUUUUGGACUCAGUUGUUGAGUAAAGAAAGUUUUCAUUCACUCUUCCUAACUGUUUUAACACUUUACACUAAGCUUUGAGACCUUGUUCUUAACCCUUAAACUACCAAGAUCUAAUUGUGGAUUCUCCCCUCUGGCUGCGACAUAUUUCCUUGUAAAUAUGUUUUGAGAAUAUGGUGUUAGAUCAAGAUGACCACUUCUACCUGAUAAGUUUGAGUAUUCUCAUUACCUGUUUGCUGGAUGUUGUAUAGAUAUUUUAGGGAGAAGUUAUAGUAACAUGUUUGUCACUUCUGGGAGCUAAAGAGUUAAACUGGACGAGAUACAGCAAUGGUAGACAGUUGGAUAUUACUUUCCUUAUUGCUAUUUUGGUUGAUGGAGUGUUGAAAAUAUACUGUGGGAAGUUUCAUGUCAAUCAUUUAUUGGAGAAGUGUUAACUCUUUACACCCUAACAUCAGUAUGCUUUUUCUCUAUACUGUUCUCCUCUCAUUUCCUAACGUGCAGAUUAGGAGAAUUUGUUUAACGGUCAAAAGUGUCUUUAGUUGGGGAUCAUUUCGUUUAUGCUCGUGGCCUUGAUGUUUGAUUCAGGGGUGAUAUGGUAGAAGGGAAAUUAGUUGUGUGUCACUCAUUGAAAGAGGUUAGAGAGUUAAGGGUUAAGUUGUCGGUCUUUAUCCCCAGGGGUGUGUUUUUAUGAGAGGUUCAAUGUUGAGGUAUAAUAAAAUGGGAUUUUAGUCAUCUAUGUCAACUUUGUAUUUUUAUUUCUAUUUUCUUCCAGUCAGAGCCUGUCCACCUUGAGUGUGAUUGAGGAAUUCCUUUCUAAGCGUGAUGUUCCUUUUUUCCCUGGUCGGGUCACUGAUACGGGAAAGUCUACAAGAUGGGCUAAGAACAAGAGUUAUUAUCGUAAGCUCCUUUUUGUUAAUUGCCAUUUUCAACUACGGUAGCCAUGGCUAAUGUUUUGUACUUUUUGAAUGUGUUCUACACUUCUACUUGUUCUGUUAUGAAAGGUAAAAAAUCUUAGGCCAGGGGACCAUGAAUUACCAGAUAAUAUUUGGGCGUCACUAUCUACUGAGUUACGAAGCGGCACGGCAUUUUCCUUUAUUUUAAUCUUCUUCGAUCCUUUCUUCCUUCGUCCAUGGGCGGCCGAGAAAUGGUGAACCCAUAUUGUUAGAGAGACUGCUGAUACAUGUGAGCAUGAGCAGAGAGUCAAUGGUCCCAAUGGUUGUAUUUCGUAGGGCUGGAUGGGAACACCUCGGCACAAGAGAGGGAAAGGCUCAUCAAUCGUUUCAACGCUCCAGACAACACUGAUGUCUUGCUGUUUAUGUUGUCAACAAGGUCUGCGAUAGUUGUGUACAAGAACAAUUUUCUGUCAAGUGUCAAAGUACUUCAGAGUAAGCUUUUGCUUCACUCUGUGAUUGGUCCAGGAAUCUCUUGCUAUUUGCCCAAAUCAACCAACCAACGGGCACUCUGUCCCCACGGAUUUUGGAGAUUAAUUGAAGUGACUUUUUAAUCAUUUUCAACGUCCUAUUGACAAUAAAAUCACCGUUAUUAAUGAGAAGAGUUUACAUUUACAUUAUUUUUAUUAGACAGAGAGCCAUAAGAGGGAAAAAACGUAUCUCUUGAGGCCUUUAAAUGUUGGGUGUCUUUGGAGAGUGUCUCUUGAAGACAUACAAAAAUUCAAAGAACUUUAGUAUUUUGAUGGUUUUGUGCAGAGCUGGAAACUAGUUUGAAGUCUGGCUCAUGAGUAACCGAAUUUGUGAUUACGAAAUGAAUAGGAUAGAAUAGCACUUUUUGAUAAAAGUUCAAAAGUUAAAACUGAUCACUAUUAUUUUGGUAAAAAUCUUUUCUUUUAAUUUAGUUUCAACGAAUGGCAUGUACAUUGCAGUAUUCUAAAUUUCCUCGUGUCCUUCUUCCAGGGCGGGAUGUCUUGGUAUCAAUCUUAUUGGUGCAAACCGUGUUGUUGUGUUUGAUGCUUCGUGGAAUCCGUGUCAUGAUGUGCAGGCUGUGUGUAGGUAUGAAAAGACCAUUUUGUUUUUGUUUCAUCAGGCGAUAAAUUUCUUUUCUUUGUUACUAUAUUUAACACAGGUCAUCAGUGACAAUUGAUCUUCACUGCCAGAACAAUUUUCAAUUGAGUGUCGAAAGUCAUUCGGAACUCCCUUGGUUUUGUUUCAUUUUAAUAUGUGAUUGAUCCAGAAAACUCGCGCCAUACAAUCUAAACCAAUCAGAUUGAGGACGAAAUCGACCGCAACCUGGUAACUCGCGUUUUCCCGCGCUUCAAGCCGUUUGUUUAUUUUUACUCUAGAGUCUCAAAGACUCCAUCAUUGGCUCCUUUUGAUAUAAUCUUGUGUUUUGAUUGGCUGGUAAGCAUGUUAAAAGGAAACAGGCUUUCACUUGGCUACAGCCUGAACCUUCCAGAGACCACUCAGGUGCUUCUGCAUAUUGAGCUACAAAGCCUUGUGUUUGGAGCGAAACAAAUUAAAGUGGCCUCGUGGUUAUUACUGAGUUGACCCAAAAUUUGUAUUUAUUUAUUUUUAUAGGGUUUAUCGCUAUGGACAGCUGAAGCCGGUUCAUAUUUACCGUCUUAUCAGUACAGGGACAAUGGAAAAGAAGAUUUAUGAUCGACAAAUAUCGAAGCAAGGCAUGGCUAGUAAGUAUUGUACGCUGAUGGUAACUUAAGUGUUCUUUAAGUUGUUCUCUGAUUCUGCGAUGGCAACAAUUUGUAACUUGAAGGCAGCUAGUGGCAUGAAAACUGAAAUUACCUGGAGAUUUUAAGGGGUUACUUCAUCAGCCAAUUUCUCCGCGUUCCAUCCUAGUAUACAAUAGCGCAGAAAAAGGCAACAUCACAACACUAGUAUCUUCCUACUCUCCUCUUUGUGAAGACUGGGUUAUGUAACGUUUGCUAAUCAUGUAACGUAAAGAACUAUAACAUUAAAUCAUUUGCAGAUUUCCCAUACCUGCUUUAUGGUUCGACAUAGCCCUGAAAUUUUGCUUCUUCUUUCCAAGGGUGCUCUGCAAAUUGAGCUUCGAUCAAAUCAGCGAUAAUUCUUGUUCUGCUCUAUAGAUCGAAUCGUCGACGAGCUCAAUCCGGAGGCAAACUUCACCAAACAAGAAAUAAUGAAGUUAAUUUGUGAGAAGGUAAACUGCACUUUUUGAAAUGUUUUUAAACGGAAAGAGUUCUAUAAUUCCUCGUGAGUUUCACUUCGCUUUUCUUUAUUCACAUCAGUUUAUAGAUAACCGCCCAAAGUUUUAAGGCAACUGCCUCUUCAAUCUAACCCCACCCUCUCCCUCAAAGUAAUCAAUCGCACGACGAGUUCUUGUUUGAUUCGUUUUAUUUGCUUUUAAAGGAGGCUACUUCUCCCGCGGCUGACUUAUCAGCAGCCGCUGACCAGUUCAGUGAUCCCGUGUUGGUCAGACUGUGUCGACAGUGUAACUCUUGGAUCUCCAAGGUCAGUCAAGUGAUAUUCUUUCUUCUAAAAUCUGUCACUAGUGUCUAAAAUAGGACCAUUUUGACUUUGUCAAGAUCUUUUAGAAGUAUGUUUCACUCGCCUUGGUUGGUUUCCAGGUGCCUUUUAAGCACGACUCACUUCUGGUGGAUAGAAAAGAAAUGAAGCUGACAAAGGCAGAGAAGCGAGAAGCCAAAAGAGGUAUUCAGACGUGUGUGCUCUGUUCCAGUUGUCAUCCAUCGUUAAGAUCAGCGUGAAGGACCAGUCCUAAUUUAUAUCCUAGGAAAGGAGGGGGGGGAUUUAGGUGGGAUCAUAUGUUUUUCAGGGGGGACGGAGGGCUGGGAAGGGGGGGGAAAGUCAGUCGUCGCCAUAUAGUACAAAGAAGGGGCUGUAGAAAACUGACCGCUGAUUAACAGUCAAUAAAAGGGGAGAGGAAGUCAUAAGAAUAUCAGAGAGUAAAUGGAAGGACUAUGUGACGAAAAUCCUCCAUACCCCCCCCCCCCCCUUCAAAUCCUUUGCCAAGCAUGACAAAAUGUAUAACAUUAUUUUUAAGAGAGUUUAAAAUGCGGGGAAAUGCAUUGAAAUGCGGAAAUAUGAAACCUUUGUUAGGGGCGGUAAAUUUAGAACCUUUGGCAAUGCACGAGAUGUGCAUUUUUUUGUGAGUGCGGGACAACUCGUAGUUUGAGCCACGCGCGGAUAAACUUGCUGUUUGUACCAAAUAGUACAAGUUGUUCAAUUGCUGCCACGGCAGGGAAAUACGGUGUAACUUGGCGUAAGCGCAAGGAAAACUGUACCCAUUGAUAAGAACGAGGUAUGAUCAUUGACUCCAGUUGGUUUUCUGGUUCGACCCCUGAGGAGGAAGGAAGCUAUGUUUUAAUAAACUGUUUAAUUGCUUUCCCAGAAAUGCUGGAAAUGAACUGGUUCGGAAGCAAAACAACGCUUUGUUUGGAUUGAAAAUUUAAAAAAAUUAAGUGUUAAUGCGACAGCAUUAACGAAAGCUGUUUGUCUUUUUCGCAGGGUAUGAAAUGGAGAAAAGACUAGCCUUGCAAGGACAAAAGCACUAUCCUGGUGUUAUACAACCGGUUUAUAGCAGGUAUGGAAAACAGGGUUAUUUCAGAUUUUGCGCAAAUUUAGUUGUAAUGACGAUGAUGUUUAGGACUGCGUCAAGUGGUUGUGAAUGCCAUGAGUAUGCUAGUCCUAUGAAACAAAUCUUAAAUAUAUAGGUAUCUUUUUCAGAAACAACCAACCCUUCGUUCCAAAACCGGUUUAUCCUGUUGGAUCGGUUCCUCUACUAACUCAGACAACCGGUCCUAACUGCACUCAUCAUCAUCCUUGUCCCCAGCUCCCCCUUUCGUCUGGCUUCCAUCUCCCACCGGCUUCCUUUAUACGUGCUGGUGUUCCUGUACCACCUGUUCGGGGGAAUGUGCAGUCGUCGCAAUGUACUACUUCAACAGCCUCAUCAACUUAUUCACAGGGUAGCCAGCACGGGAACCAGGAGGCCAGUACGUCUAAAGACGAUGUCGUUAUGAUCGACCUUGACGAUUUGCCUUCGCCGACGCACCCCGAACGAGAAUCGAUCAGUCACCUGCGAGCACAGGCACACCAAUCGCAGUCAAACGCGGAUUUAGUCAGGAUGGCCCAACAUGCAUUUCCUUGUGUUUCCCCUUCGUUUAUUAACGUGCUGUUAAAUCAAGGAAAUUCUCAAGAAGCUCAGGAAUCAGACGCUCAAGGUUCCCACAAAACUAUCACUCACGGUUCCAAGUCCCCAAAUGAGCAUCGUUCCCAGUCUUCCACCGCUCAAUCCAAAGCAAAUUCCGAAGCCUUAGACGUCGACAUUAACUCGUCUGAGACCAAUGUUGUGAACAGCACACAAUCAAAAAACGGAGAUGCUGCUGUAGAUAAUGUCAAAGUGAAAAAGGUCGUUGCGAAGACUCCUAAUCAGGAACAGAUCGACUUACAAUUGUCCUCUCCGCCAAUAAUAGUAGAGGUAUCAUUGGAGUCUGAUCAACUUGAUCAGUCGAGCCAACAAGAGAAGACGGGUGUGUCAUUAUCACCCACCCGACCCCUAGUGGUAGACGUCGCAGUAGCUUCAGAUGAGCUCGAAAGUUCAGCUUCACAAGGGGCAGAUGCAGCCUCUUCUUAAUCACCCCUCCCCUGGUACAAGAAAAACUAGGCAUUUAUCUUACUUGGAGGAAACCAGCAGAGACUUGACAACCUUUGGGAAUGGGUGGGAUAACAGUUCGGUGGAAGAUUCCAUUGACUGAAAUACUUCUAGUGAUACAUGGGAUGCAUACCGUGAGGCAGUCCUUAUUGAAAUAAGAAAUCAGGGUUUUGGCAGUAUUUUGGUUUUCACCGAACUUUAAAUCGUGCUUAACGUGAUAGUGCAUAGGGCAUGUGGCAAUCCGAGGCGGACACGUGACUUUCUUUAACUAAGGGAUUGGCUCGAGUAUCAGCCAAUCCGAGGAAGCGUUCGGCAUUGGUGUGCUGAAGCUUCAUAUCAUUUGAAUCGAUCGACUUCUUGGAGGUUGUGAUCAAAUUAUAGAAAGAAGGAGCAAGAAGGAAAUUUUCAGAAUUAUCAUUAGUUUUAGUAGCAUCACUAUCAUUAUUAGUUGUAGUAUUAUUUUUAUCAUUAACAAUGAUUCCACGAUUUAGUUUACUACAACAAUUUACUUUGGUUUUUCCGCACUCAUCUUUAUUUCCCUCAAACUGAGUCUUUACCACGACAAGCUUGACAAAUGCCACUUAUACAGACCUCACCAAUCGUGUCGUUUUAAAAUACCUAACUCUCACUGUGUCAAGUGCUAACCUUGAUACCUUCCAGUUAAAGAUAUCAAGAAAAUUUUUGAUAAACGCGAACGUUAAUGAUAUGAAUAUUUAACUUUGAUCAAAGGGAAAGUUAUUUUUAUUAUUAUUUAACUUCAAUAUAACUAAAUGCAGUCAAGGCAAAGACCUCUGCCCACACUGAGUGAACGAGAAAAUUACGUUAGAGCUUUUUGACGUUGUUGGCUCUUUUUCUCCGAAUUUCACGCGGUGGAAAAUCUCACGAACAUGUUCAAACUACAGUAUUCAGUGUUUACUGCAAGAAGAAAGUUUAGCCAAACCUUUCGAUUUAUAUAUAGGUGUACAUUAUUUUAACUGAGGAGAUGUGCGAU